AUGGCGCCUCAACUUCAUCAACGCCCACCCUUCCGCGCAGAGCACCUUGGCUCAUUGCUGCGUCCCCAGAACCUGCUGGACACCAAGAUCGCCUAUGAGGCGGGCAAGACCCCCGAGGCCGAACUGACCGCGGUCGAGGACAAGGAGGUCAACGACAUCAUCAAGACCCAGCAAAAGCUCGGCUACGCUGCCAUCUCCGACGGCGAGUACCGUCGUCACAUGUUCUGGGGUACUUUCUUCCCCGGUCUUGACGGCUUCGAGGAGGUCAACAAUGUCGACGUGGACGACUUCCGUCCCUACGCUCCCGAUAUUGCCGCGUUCCUUGAGGCCGGUCACAAGCCCGGUGAGAGUGUCAUCUGUACCGGUAAGAUCAAGCACGUUGGCAGCACCUACAUCGACCAGUUCAAGUACCUGGCCAGCCAGGUCCCGGCCGAGGAGGUCAAGAACUUGAAGAUCACUCUGGCUGCUCCUAACUGGUACCACCUGCGCUACCGUGAGGGCAAGGCUUACCCCAAGUCCGUGUACACCAAUGACGAGGACUACUUCGGCGACAUCGCCAAGGCCUACCAGGCCGAGCUCAAGAUCUUGUACGAUGCCGGCUGCCGCAAUGUCCAAUUCGAUGACCCCAACCUGGCCUACUUCUGCUCCGAGAAGUUCCUCAACGGCUUCAAGGAAGACUCCCUGAACGUGUACAGCGCCGACGACAUGUUCGAGAAGUACAUCAAGCAGUACAACGACAUCUUCGUCAACCUGCCCGCCGAUCUGCACGUCGGUGUUCAUCUGUGCCGCGGUAACUUCGUCGGCAGCCGUCACUUCUCCGAGGGCGGUUACGACCGCAUUGCCAUCAAGCUCUUCCAAGAGCUGAACGUGCACACCUACUACCUCGAAUACGACACCCCUCGCUCCGGCGGCUUCGAGCCCCUCAAGUUCCUUCCCACGCACAAGAACGUCAUCCUCGGUGUCGUCACUAGCAAGUUCGCCAAGCUCGAAGACAAGGAAGAGAUGAAGCAACGCGUCAUUGAUGCUGCCAAGUUCAUCGCUGAGGGUAACAACAUCUCUCUCGAUGCUGCUCUGAACCAGGUCGGUGUCAGCCCCCAGUGUGGCUUUGCUUCUCACCGUGAGGGUAAUGCUAUCGAUUGGGAUGGCAUGAUCAACAAGCUCCAGCUUGUUCGGGAUAUCGCCAACGAUAUCUGGCCCAACCAGGCUUAG